CGUCACGCGCAUUUCCUGGAAAUGAGAAGGUUUAGCCCGCGGCUGACGUCCGGUUCCGCUCCCUGCCGCCGCACAUCAACAUGAGCGCCGCGCGGAAGACGCGCGACUUCCCCGCUCUGCCUGCGCGUUGUUCAGCCAACUCUCUCCCCUGACUCCUCCUCCAGCCGAGAUGUACGAGGAGAAGGCCGCCGGGCCGCCGGAGGAGCGCGGCUUCCGGGAGGAGUGGUCGCUGUUGGUGUGGACCUCCCUGGCGGUGGCGGUGCCGGUGCUGCUGACUCUCUGGUGCAGCUCGCGGCGCUCCAAGCGGAGGAGCCACAUGACGGAGUUCUUCCGCCAGAGCCGCCACGGCUGGCGGUGCACGGACCUCUUCCACAAGCCCACCUACUGCUGCGUGUGCUCGCAGCACAUCCUCCGCGGCGCCUUCUGUGACUGCUGCGGCGUGUGCGCCGACGAGCGCUGCCUGCGCCGGGCGGAGCGGGAGCUGCAGUGCAAGGAGAUCAUGGCUCCUUCCCGGGAGGGCGGCGGAGCGGAGCACCGCUGGGUGCGAGGAAACGUGCCGCUGGCCAGCUAUUGUGCGGCGUGCAAGCAGCAGUGUGGCACGCAGCCGAAGCUCUGCGACUUCAGAUGCGUGUGGUGUCAGACCACGGUACACGACGAGUGCAUGGGCAGCCUCGCGGUUACGUCGGAGUGCAACCUGGGCGAGUUUCGCAACCUCAUCAUCCCUCCGCACUAUCUCUACCAAGUCAACAAGCUCCGCCGCGGAAACCCUGACGAGUUCACCAAGCUGGCGUCCUCGUGGGACAGCGCUUGGACUCCUGUGUUGGUCUUGGCCAACAGGCGCAGUGGAAACAACAUGGGGGAGGCUCUCCUGGGGGAGUUUCGCAUCCUCCUCAACCCUGUGCAGGUGUUUGACCUGUCGCAGCUCGCACCCUCCAAGGCCUUGCAGCUGUGCACCCUUUUGCCCCCCGGGUGUGUGAGGGUGCUGGUGUGUGGAGGGGACGGCACUGUGGGAUGGGUGCUGGAUUCCAUUGACACAAUGAGACUGAAGGGUCAAGACCAGUUCAUCCCAAGGGUGACUAUCCUCCCACUGGGUACAGGAAAUGACCUCUCCAAUACUUUGGGUUGGGGGUCGGGGUAUGCUGGAGAGAUCCCUGUGGAACAGGUUCUUCGCAACAUCUUGGAUGCAGAGGUGGUGAAAAUGGACAGAUGGAAAGUGCAGGUGUCUUCCAAAGGCCUCUCUAUCCGCAAACCAAAGGUUUUGGCCAUGAACAACUACUUCUCUGUGGGUCCUGACGCUCUGAUGGCGCUGAAUUUCCACACACAUCGUGAGAAAACACCCUCCUUCUUCUCCAGUCGUAUAAUCAACAAGGUGGUGUAUUUCCUGUAUGGCACCAAGGAUUGUUUGGUGCAGGAAUGCAAAGACCUGGAUAAGAGGAUUCAGCUGGAGCUGGAUGGCGAGAGGGUGGAGCUUCCCAGCCUGGAGGGCAUCAUUGUUUGCAACAUUGGCUACUGGGGGGGCGGCUGCAGACUCUGGGAGGGAGUGGGAGAUGAACCCUGCCCUCCCACACGGUUGGACGAUGGUCUGCUGGAGGUGGUGGGAGUGUUUGGUUCCUUCCACUGUGCUCAGAUCCAAGUCAAGAUGGCGAACCCAGUACGACUGGGACAGGCUCACACAGUCAGGCUGGUCCUGAAGAGCUCCACCAUGCCCAUGCAGGUGGACGGCGAGCCGUGGGCGCAGGGCCCGUGCAGCGUCACCAUCACCCACAAGACGCAGUGCCUCAUGCUGUACCACAGCACCGAGCAGACGGACGAAGACGACGACGACGACGACUCCAGCGCCUCGGAGCCCGAGAGCCCCGCCCCGGACGACUCCCCCGCGAGUCAUCCCUGAUUGUUUUAUCACGACCUCACCUGUUGCUACGGUAACCACUCCAACACACAUCCACGUCACCAGAAGAAUGUCAGCUUGGCUGAGGCGAACCAAUGUAGGACUCAUUCAGACCAAAAGCACUUCAAUGGACGGAUAACUACUUUAAACCGCGUUUCCAUAUGAGUUGGGAAAUUGUGUUAGAUGUAAAUAUAAACGGAAUACAAUCAUUUUCAACCCAUAUUCAGUUGAAUAUGCUACAAAGACAACAUAUUUGAUGUUCAAACUCAUAAACUUUUUUUUUUGUGCAAAUAAUCAUUAACUUUAGAAUUUGAUGCCAGCAACACGUGACAAAUAAGUUUGGAAAGGCGGCAAUAAAUACUGAUAAAGUUGAGGAAUGCUCAUCAAACACUUAUUUGGAACAUCCCACAGGUGUGCAGGCUAAUUGGGAACAGGUGGGUGCCAUGAUUGGGUAUAAAAACAGCUUCCCAAAAAAUGUUCAGUCUUUCACAAGUAAGGAUGGGGCGAGGUACACCCCUUUGUCCACAAUUGCGUGAGCAAAUAGUCAAACAGUUUAAGAACAACGUUUCUCAAAGUGCAAUUGCAAGGAAUUUAGGGAUUUCAACAUCUACGGUCCAUAAUAUAAUCAAAAGGUUCAGAGAAUCUGGAGUAAUCAUUCCACGUAAGAGGCAUGGCCGGAAACCAACAUUGAAUGACCAUGACCUUCGAUCCCUCAGACGGCACUGUAUCAAAAACCGACAUUAAUCUCUAAAGGAUAUCACCACAUGGGCUCAGGAACACUUCAGAAAACCACUGUCACUAAAUACAGUUUGUCGCUACAUCUGUAAGUGCAAGUUAAAGCUCUACUAAGCAAAGCGAAAGCCAUUUAUCAACAACAUCCAGAAACGGCACUGGUUUCUCUAGGCCCGAGAUCAUCUAAGUAGGACUGAUGCGAUUUGGAAAAGUGUUCUGUGGUCUGACGAGUCCACAUUUAAAUUUUUUGGGGGGAAAUAUUCGACAUCGUGUCAUCCCUACCAAAGGGGAAGCGAACCAUCCAGACUGUUAUCGACGCAAAGUGUAAAAGCCAGCAUCUGUGAUGGUAUGGGGGUGUAUUAGUGCCCAAGGCAUGGGUAACUUACACAUCUGUGAAGGCACCAUUAAUGCUGAAAGGUACAUACAGGUUUUGAAACAACAUAUAUUGUAGCUGAGAUAGGCGCCAGCGCCCCCCGCGACCCCGAAAGGGAAUAAGCGGUAGAAAAUGGAUGGAUGGAUGGAUGUUGUCAUCCAAGCAACGUUAUCAUGGACGCCCCUGCUUAUUUCAGCAAGACAAUGCCAAGCCACGUGUUACAACAGCGUAGCUUCUUAAAAAAAGAGUGCGGGUACUUUCCUGGCCCGCCUGCAGUCUAGACCUGUCUCCCAUGGAAAAUGUGUGGCGCAUUAUGAAGCGUAAAAUACGACAGCGGAGACCCCGGACUGUUGAAGGACUGAAGCUCUACAUAAAACAAGAAUGGGAAAGAAUUCCAUUUUCAAAGCUUCAACAAUUAGUUUCCUCAGUUUGAGUGUUGUUAAAAGAAAAGGUGAUGUAACACAGUGGUGAACAUGCCCUUUCCCAACCACUUUGGCACGUGUUGCAGCCAUGAAAUUCUAAGUUAAUGAUUAUUUGCAAAAAAAAUUAAAGUUCAUGAGUUUGAACAUCAAAUAUGUUGUCUUUGUAGCAUAUUCAACUGAAUAUGGGUGGAAAAUGAUUUGAAAAUCAUUGUAUUCUGUUUAUAUUUACAUCUAACAUAAUUUCCCAACUCAUAUGGAAACGGGGUUUGUAUUCUAGCCUCUCAAGUUGGACUUGGAAUGAGAAGACAGUUCUCCAUAUUGUUGACGACACAUUUUAAUACAAUUUAACUGCCGUUUUAUGUGCACACUUGCUGACAAAAGCAAGCCUCGCCAAAAUAAGAGCGCUUGCACGCAUUACCAUGUGACAGUACUUAGUCAUGUGACACCUGUAUCAUGUAGACUAAGUUAAGUUAAGUUGCUUAACUUGUUUCUUUUUUUGCACACCACAAAAAAAUGAGGAUGUUUAGUUUUGGGCUGACAUUUCAGAAUGAAGCGAAAAUAACCUUUCAUUUGACCUUGAGUAAACUUUUGAAUGUGUGAAUGUGAGUGUGAAUGUUGUCUGUCUAUCUGUGUUGGCCCUGCGAUGAGGUGGCGACUUGUCCAGGGUGUACACCGCUUUCCGCCCGAUUGUAGCUGAGAUAGGCGCCAGGGCCCCCCGCAAACCUAAAAGGGAAUAAGCGGUAGAAAAUGGAUGGAUGUUUUACAGAACUUCUGUGGAGUUUAAAGAGGAUCUCUGAUGGUUCUAAUUGACAUUUAAACACUUCCUUCAGGUCUAGAUGAUACAGUCCUGGUCAAAAGUUUACAUACACUUGUAAAGGACAUAAUGUCAUGACUGUCUUGAGUUUCCAAUCAUUUCUACCACUCUUAUUUUUUUGUGAUAGAGUGAUUGGAGCACAUACUUGUUGGUCACAAAAAAACAUUCAUGAAGUUUGGUUCCUUAAUAAAUUUAUUAUGCCUCUACUGAAAAUGUGAGCAAAUUUGCUGGGUCAAAAGUACACAAUACAGUCAAUCAAUACAUUUUUUAUUUUUAUACAGCCCCUAAAUCACAAGUGUCUCAAAGGGCUGCACAAGCCACAACAUCCUCUGUUCAGAUCCCACAUCAGGGCAAGGAAAAACUCAACCCAGUGGGAUACAAUGAGAAACCUUGGAGAGGACCGCAGAUGUGGGUGACACUCCCCUAGGGCGACCAGUGGAAUGGACAUCAAAUAGAUCUAACCAUAAUAUUGUUAAAGUCCAGUCCAUAGUGGAUCCAACACCGGGGUCGGGAACCUUUUUGGCUGAGAGAGCCAUGAAAGCCAAAUAUUUUUAAAUGUAUUUCCGUAAGAGCCAUAUUACAUUAUUAACAACAAUUAUAACUGUCAGGUUCAAACACUGAUGACAUCUAUUAAACAGACAAGAAGCAAGGAAUUAACCAGAGACAGGAAUCAAUUUAGCUCAAUGAGGAGAGAAACCUGUAAACCUGUACACUUGUACAAUUCUACGCCUCCUCGCUCAUUUGGACUUUCCCAGAUUACAACAACUAAAUGUGUGCAUCUCCUAUUCUUUUUAAUGACAUAGUUAUUCUGAAGUUAGCUAUACUUUUGACCAUUAAUGCGACUUCUUGAACAGGUGCGUUAGAAACGGAUAGAUGGAUUAAAAUGCAUGAGAAUGUUUUAUAUUUUGAAGAAUAUUUUUAACACCGUGAUUACCAGCGGAAUUAUUAAAUACUUAUCCUGGUAAGCAACGUCAGCUAAGAUUUAUCUGAGAGCCAGGUGCGGUCAUCAAAAGAGCCACAUCUGGCUCUAGAGCCAUAGGUUUUCUACCCUGACCUAACAUAAUAGUGAGAGUCCAGUCCAUAGUGGAUCUAACAUAAUACUGAAAGUCCAGUCCAUAGUGGAUCUCACAUAAUAGUGAGAGUCAAGUCCAUAGUAGAUCUAACUAAAUAUUGAGAGUCCAGUCCAUAGUGGAUCUAACAUAAUAGUGAGAGUCCAGUCCAUAGUGGAUCUAACAUAAUAGUGAGAGUCCAGUCCAUAGUGGAUCUAACAUAAUACUGAAAGUCCAGUUCAUAGUGGAUCUCACAUAAUAGUAAGAGUCAAGUCCAUAGUAGAUCUAACUGAAUAUUGAGAGUCCAGUCCAUAGUUGAUCUAACAUAAUAGUGAGAGAGUCCAGUCCAUAGUGGAUCUAACAUAAUCGUGAGAGAGUCCAGUCCAUAGUGGAUCUAACAUAAUAGUGAGAGUCCAGUCCAUAGUGGAUCUAACAUAAUAGUGAGAGUCCAGUCCAUAGUGGAUCCAACAUAAUAGUGAGAGUCCAGUCCAUAGUGGAUCUCACAUAAUAGUAAGAGUCCAGUCCAUAGUGGAUCCAACAUAAUACUGAAAGUCCAGUCCAUAGUGGAUCCAACAUAAUAGUGAGAGUCCAGUCCAUAGUGGAUCUAACAUAAUAGUGAGAGUCCAGUCCAUAGUGGAUCUAACAUAAUAUUGUGAGAGUCCAGUCCAUAGUGAAUCUAACAUAAUAUUGUGAUAGUCCAGUCCAUAGUGGCUCUAACAUAAUAUUGUGAGAGUCCAGUCCAUAGUGGCUCUAACAUAAUAUUGUGAGAGUCCAGUCCAUAGUGGAUCUAACAUAAUACUGAAAGUCCAGUCCAUAGUGGAUCUAACAUAAUAUUGUGAGAGUCCAGUCCAUAGUGGAUCUAACAUAAUAUUGUGAGAGUCCAGUCCAUAGUGGAUCUAACAUAAUAUUGUGAGAGUCCAGUCCAUAGUGGAUCUAACAUAAUAUUGUGAGAGUCCAGUCCAUAGUGGAUCUAACAUAAUAUUGUGAGAUUCCAGUCCAUAGUGGAUCUAACAUAAUAUUGUGAGAGUCCAGUCCAUAGUGGAUCUAACAUAAUAUUGUGAGAGUCCAGUCCAUAGUGGAUCUAGCAUAAUAUUGUGAUAGUCCAGUCCAUAGUGGAUCUAACAUAAUAUUGUGAGAGUCCAGUCCAUAGUGGGGCCAGCAGGAGACCAUUCCAAGCGGAAAAAGGUCCCUAACCUGUGCGGCCCCCCUCCACGAGAAAAGAAACGGCAGAUCAACUGGUCUACAGCAAGGUUAAUAUUUGCUUACAUGUCCCUUGGCAAGUUUCACUGCAAUAAGGCGCUUUUGGUAGCUUCUGCUUGAAUUGUUGACCACUCCUCUUGACAGAAUUGGUACAGUUCGGCUAAAUUUGUUGGUUUUCUGACAUGGACUUGUUUCUUCAGCAUUGUCCACACGUUUAAGUCAGGACUUUGGGAAAGCAGUUCUAAAACCUUAAUUCUAGCCUGACUUAGCCAGUCCUUUACCACUUUUUACAUGUGUUUGGGGUCAUUGUCCUGUUGGAACACCCAACUGUGCCCAAGACCCAAUCUCUGGGCUGAUGAUGUUAGGUUGUCUUCAAGAAUUUGGAGGUAAUCGUCCUUUUUCAUUGUCCCAUUUACUCUCUGUAAAGCACCAGUUCCAUUGGCAGCAAAACAGGCCCAGAGCUGAUACUAACACCACCAUGCUUGACGGUAGGGAUGGUGUGCCUGGGAUUAAAGGCCUCCCCUUUUCUCCUCCAAACAUAUUGCUGGGUAUUGUGUCCAAACAGCUCCAUUUGUGUUUCAUCUGACAUCAGAAGGACAAAGAUAAGACCUUCUGGAGGAAAUAAUCGAGCUGUUUGGCCACAAUACCCAGCGAUAUGUUUGGUAAAAUGAUUGGAAACUCAAAACAGCCACGACAUUAUGUUCUUUACAAGUGUAUGUAAACUUUUGACCAUGUGUUGGAUAUGUUCUGGUGGAAGUUUUGCUCCUCAGUCACUUAUGCAACCUGUUUUUUGAGUCUGUCUGCAAGAUGACGGCUUGAGGAGGCGCUUCCAAAAAUAUCAUUUAAAUUUCGAAAAUGUACAGUGGGUCAGAAGUUUGGACACACCUUCUCAUUCAAUUUGGUUUUAUUUUAUUUUCAUGACUAUUUACAUUGUAGAUUGUCACUGGAGGCAUCAAAACUAUGAAUGAACACAUGUGGAGUUAUGUACUAAACACAAAUGUUUCUAGUUCCUUCAAAAUAGCCACCCUUUGCUCUGAUGACUGUUUUGCACACUCUAGGCAUUCUCUCCAUGAGCUUCAAGAGGUAGUCACUUGAAAGGGUUUUCCAACAGUCUUGAAGCUCAUGGAGAGAAUGCCAAGAGUGUGCAAAGCCGUCAUCAGAGCAAAGGGAGGCUAUUUUGAAGAAACUAGAGCAGGGGUAGGGAACCUAUGGCUCUAGAGCCAGAUGCGGCUCUUUUGAUGACUGCAUCUGGCUCUCUGAAAAAUCUUUGCUGACAUUGCUUAACGCGAUAAUUAUGAAUAAUUUCGCUGGUAAUCACAGUGCUAAAAAUAUCGUGCAAAAUAUAAAACAUUCUCAUGCAUUUAAAUCUAUCCAUCCGUUUUCUACCGCACCUGUUCAAGAAGUCGCAUUAAUGGUAAGAAGUAUUUUAUGUCACGAUGGGGGGGGUUUGCAGCUUGCUGCAGGGUCGUUCUCCCAGGAAGGCAGACGGACUACUCGGGACAUGGCAUUUAGGUAAAAACAUGAUUUAAUUUUAACUAAAAAAAUAUACAAACAAAAAUCGCUCACAGCGGAGGCACAACUUGGGCUAAGGAACAAAGCUAACGCAUAAACAGACUAAGAACAUAAAUCAAACAAAACUUACUUGACAUGGCAUGAAGCACGAAACUAUGGCAAGGCAUGAAACAAGUCAGCACAGGGCAACUGACUGGCAAAGACGAGCUUAAAUACUGCCUCUGAUUAAUGGUCGGGAAGCAGGUGAGCGGGCAUUUUGUCCACCAGAGACAGGUGGACAAAAUGAGUAACCAAGGAAACCAGACAAGGGAGUGGAAAAAAAACAGUAACUUAAAGAGUCUAAAGGACAAACAGCACAUGGCCAAACAAACAUGAUCAACAGACAUGACAUUUUAUUUAUUAUUGGUUAGCUUCAGAAUAACAAUGUUAUUAAAAGUAAUAAGAGACUUAUUAUACUCAAAAAAUGUUGGUCUUAAAAAUGCACACAUUUUGUUGUAUUCAGUGUUAAAAAAUAUGAUAUGGCUCUCACGGAAAUACAUUUUGAAAUAUUUGGCUUUCAUGGCUCUCUCAGCCAAAAAGGUUCCCGACCCCUGAACUAGAAUAUAAAACAUGUUUUCAGUUAUGUCACCUUUUUUUUGUGAAGUACAUAACUCCACGUGUUCAUUCAUAGUGUUGAUGCCUUCAAUGACAAUCUGCAUUGGGAAUAUCCAUCCAUCCAUUUUCUACCGCUUUUCCCUUUUGGGGUCGGGGGGUUCGCUGGAGCCUAUCUCAGCUGCAUUUAGGUUGUAGGCGGCGUACACUCUGGACAAGUUGCCACCUCCUCGCAGGCAUUGUAAAUAGUCAUGAAAAUAAAGAAAAACACGUUGAAUGAAGAGAAGGUGUGUCCAAGCUUUUGGCCUGUACUAUAGAAAGAGCAAAAGUUAAAAAUCAAGAAAAAAAUUUAACUCUUCCCAUAUUUUAUAUUCAAUACUAAGUCAAAUACUGUGCAGGUAAUGUGCAAUCAGCGCGCUUGCAGGAGCAAAAGUCACCGCCGCUGUACAUGGUACUAAGGAUGAGCACCAGCCGGUAGGCGAGACACAGCUGGCAGGUGAUCAGACUUCACAGGUGGUACGUGUUAAUCUAAUAACCUGUUGUCCGGUCCAAAAUAAACAUUGUAUAGACUCACUUGGUCACAACAUUAGGUGCAUCUAAAUCGAUUGAUUUAGAAAAAGUUGCAUUUAUGUCACUACAUGGUUACUAUGCACACGCCGAGAUCAGGUGAAAAUAUCACUUUACCUUACCUUUGUUGUGUCCUCAUUGAGGUAGCUUUUCUUUACGCUUCAUGUCCAAAUAAGGACUUCCGCCUUUGCUGUGAUGUCACUAGGUAGCCAGACUGGAAAAACCCAAAACUGUGGAAGCUCACGAGACAAAUCAAUUAACAACUUUUAUAAGUCAGAAAAGAGAAAAUAGAUCGCAGGUCCCCUUAAUGCCCAUCAGGCCUCAUCCUGAAAUGUCACUUGAAAACCGAACAUGCCAAACUUUGUGUGAGUGCAGUAGUGUAGUGUGCACUACACAUGUACAAGUGCACUCAUUUCCAUUGUCUUGAAGGGGAACUGCACUUUUUGGGGGGAAUAUUGCCUAACAUUCACGUGUUUGUCUUUGUUAAUACAUUCUAAAUAGUAAAUAAAUGCAAUUAAAAGUCAGCUUUCAAUGGAGCCUAUAGGAGUCGCUCUAUUCUGCCUAUAAAACAGUUCAAAACAUCUCCAUUAAAGGUUUUAUAUACCGUAUUUUUUGGACUGUAAGUCGUUUUUUUUUUAGAUUCAUACUCAGGAGCGACUUAUGUGUGAAAAUAUUAACACAUUACCGUAAAAUAUCAAAUAUUAUUAUUUAGCUCAUUCACGUAAGAGACUAGACGUAUAAGAUCUCAUAGGAUUUAGUGGUUAGGGGUGACAGAUUGUUUGGUUCUAUAUCAGGGGUCACCAACCUUUUUGAAAGCAAGAGCUACUUCUUGGGUACUGAUUAAUGCGAAGGGCUACCAGUUUGAUACACACUUAAAUAAAUUGCCAGAAAUAGCCAAUUUGCUCAAUUUACCUUAAAUUCUAUGUUAUUACUAAUAAUUAAUGGUAUUUAUCUUUGUGGAAACACUGAUAAUUUUAAUGGUAUCUCACAAUAAAUAUAUAUUUUUGAUGACAUGUUUUAAAAUAGGUUAAAUCCAAUCUGCAUUUUGUUAGAAUAUAUAACAAAUUGGACCAAGCUAUUUUUCUAACAAAGACAAAUCAUUAAUUUUUCUAAAUUCUCCAGAACAAAAAAUUUAAAAAGAAAUUCAAAAGACUUUGAAAUAAGAUUUAAAUUUGAUUCUACAGAUUUUCUAGGUUUCCCGGAAUAAUUUUUGGGAAUUUUAGUCAUAAGUUUAAAGAAAUAUUUUACAAAUAUUCUUUGUCAAAAAACAGAAGCUAAAAUAAAUAAUUAAAUUAAAAUAUAUUUAUUAUUUUUUACAAUAAAAAAAAAAAAAAUUAAUUGAACAUUGAUUUAAAUUGUCAGGAAAGAAAAGGAAGGAAUUUAAAAGGUAAAAAGGUAUAUGUGUUUAAAAGUCCUAAAAUCAUUUUUAAGGUUGUAUUUUUUUCUCUAAAAUUGUCUUUCUGAAAGUUAUAAGAAGCAAAGUAAAAAAAUCAAUGAAUUUAUUUAAACAAGUGAAGACCAAGUCUUUACUAUUGUAGACUUCUACUGUAGAGGACCCCUACUGUGGUAAACUCGUACUGUAUUAGACUCCAAUAGACACUUGCAGUAGUAGACCCCUACUGUGGUAGACUCAUGCUUUGGUAGACCCCUGCUGUACUAGAUGCCAACUGUAGUAAACUCCUACUGUUCUAGGUGGUAUAGCUCGGUUGGUAGAGCGGCCGUACCAGCAACUUGAGGGUUGCAGGUUCGAUCCCCGCUUCCGCCAUCCUAGUCACUGCCGUUGUGUCCUUGGGCAAGACACUUUACCCACCUGCUCCCAGUGCCGCCCACACUGGUUUAAAUAUGUAACUUAGAGAUUGGCUUUCACUAUGUAAAGCGCUUUGAAUCACUAGAGAAAAAGCGCUAUGUAAAAUAAAAUUCACUUCACUUUAAAAUAUUUUCUUGGAUUUUCAAAUUCUAUUUGAGUUUUGUCUGUUUUAGAAUUAAAAAUGUAGAGCAAAGCGAGACCAGCUUGCUAGUAAAUAAAUACAAUUUUAAAAAUAGAGGCAGCUCACUGGUAAGUGCUGCUAUUUGAGCUAUUUUUAGAACAGGCCAGCGGGCGACUCAUCUGGUCCUUACGGGCUACCUGGUGCCCGCGGGUACCGCGUUGGUGACCCCUGGUAUAGCAUGUUCUAUAUGUUAUAUUUAUUUGAAUGACUCUUACCAUAAUAUGUUAACAUAGCAGGCACCUUCUCAGUUGGUUAUUUAUGCCUCAUAUAACGUUAUUCAGCCUGUUGUUCACUAUUCUUUAUUCAUUUUAAAUUGCCUUUCAAAUGUCUAUUGGGUUUUAUCAAAAAAAAUUCCCCCCAAAAUGCGACUUAUACAUGUUUUUUUCCUUCUUUAUUAUGCAUUUUUGGCAGGUGGGACUUAUACUCUGAAAAAUAUGGUCCAUAUAUGUGUGUAUUUAUGAAUCGAGGAUCGUUAACUGGCUUUGCUGUAAGCGGACUUUUAUUUACGUUUAUUCCCGAGUUAGAAUGCUUUUAAAAAAAAUUAAAACAUUUUGUCAUGUCUUUAAUAAGGAUGGUGUAUAAUAGGCAACAUUUUAAAGAAAUGUGCAGUUCCCUUUUCACAUCUGAACUGUGAGCACUGACUCCUUCUAGAAAGCCAUUUUGAAUACGAAUGGAAAUAUUAUGUUAGAUUGUUGCUAAAUGACAGAAAUGUUCAUGAUGUGUUGUUUUGUGCAACUUUGGAUGUCGAGACUUCCACUGAACUGAAUGUAAGUUUUUGGCUUUUAAGGUAUUACCAUAAAUAUUUUCAUAUUAAAAGUCCUUUGUGAGCAUC